AUGCUUCAGGGCGACGUGUGCUCAGGAUUAGAAGAGGUCACUGUUCCUUUUAUGUCUAGAUGGUAUGCAGUGACCGAAAAGUGCCGUGAUACACAUAUCUUGAAAGAAUUGAAAAUCCCCUGGCUGCUCAUGCGGAAUAGACUGAAAGGUGUCUUCACCAGGGAUAUGAGUUACUCAUUUGAAGAAUGGCUGAUCAGACCUUCACAGACCCAAAGAGCUCAGCGAUCCAACAAAAGUCUGCCCCAAUGCAUCACAAGUCCGUGGAUUAUUAGGACAUGUGGCGCCAGUGGACCCAAAGGGCCAACCCAAAUUCAAUGCAACAAUGCUUACAGGAACACAAGUACUUCUGUGGUGGUUGUAGCUAGAGGACCUUGGAAAGGCAUUCAGAAGUGGAGAGUACCGUCAACAGACACAUACAAGAUAUCAGCUUACGGAGCUGCUGGAGGCAUAGGGGGAAAGGGAAACUUUAGAAGGUUUCAUGGUGUGUUAGUACAAGCCAUUUUCCAGCUGGAAAAAGAUAUGAUUCUGUACAUACUGGUUGGACAACAGGGAGAAGAUGCCUGUCCCAACGCUAAUCCCACCAUCCAGAAUGUUUGCUUGGGAGAGAAUAAUGUAAUUGAAGAGGAGCUAAAAGCAAAUGGCAAUGUCACAGAGUGGGCAGGAGGUGGAGGAGGAGGUGGAGGAGCCACGUUCAUUUUCAAGAUGGAUAAUGGAGAACCAAUACCAUUGCUGAUAGCAGCGGGUGGAGGCGGCAAAGCCUAUUUGAGUAAAGAUUCCAGUUUCCCUGAAGAGAUGCUAGAAACUGAUUCCUCUGUUCCAGGUGUGAAUGGGAUGUCAGGUGCUGCAGGGGGCGGCGGUGGUUGGAGUGAUGUCACUGUCCUGCUGUGGUCUGGCAAAUCGCUGACCGAAGGUGCUGAAGGUGGACAAUCCUGCCCACAGGCCAUCAAGAAAUGGGGCUGGAUAACAAGCGGAGGCUUUGGAGGAGGAGGAGGAGCUUGUACAGCAGGAGGAGGAGGUGGAGGGUAUAUAGGGGGAAAUGCAACUGAGAAUAAUCACCCUGAAAAAGAUGGUGGCUGUGGUGUUUCUUAUAUUAGUCCACUGGGUGAAAUAUACACCCCACCACUCGCAGUGACAGAAAGCCAUGGGGAGGUUGAAAUUGUGCUGCACUUAAAUUGCAGCCACUGCGAACAUAAUGACUGUGUAUUUGACCACAUUAAAGAAGAACUCAUCUGCUUGUGUGAAUCGGGAAAAAUAUUGGCUCCAGACAGUGUUACCUGCAUUUCACCCCCAGAGGGUCACCUGCCGCUCUCUCUAGUGCUUUCAGUGGUGUUGUCAGUGGUGGUGGCAGCCUUGUUGCUUGCCUUCUCAGGAAUCAUGAUCGUAUACCGCCUCAAGCACCAAGAGCUGCAAGCCAUGCAGAUGGAGCUACAGAGUCCUGAUUACAAGCUCAGCAAGCUGCGAACCUCCACCAUCAUGACUGACUACAAUCCCAACUACUGCUUUGCUGGGAAAACUACCUCCAUCAGCGAUCUCAAAGAGGUUUCCCGGAAAAACAUUAUCCUCAUCAGGGGCCUGGGCCAUGGAGCCUUUGGUGAGGUGUAUGAAGGUCAAGUGACUGGUAUCCCUGGUGAACCCAGCCCUUUGCAAGUCGCAGUGAAGACAUUGCCAGAGGUAUGUUCUGAACAGGAUGAGCUGGAUUUCCUGAUGGAGGCCUUGAUAAUUAGUAAAUUCUGCCACCAGAACAUAGUGCGAUGUAUAGGAGUCAGCCUGCAGGCUCUUCCUCGCUUCAUUCUACUGGAGCUGAUGGCAGGAGGAGACAUGAAAUCCUUCCUUCGAGAAUAUCGACCUAAACCGGGACAACCAUCAACUCUCAGCAUGCUGGACUUACUGAAUGUGGCUCGUGACAUUGCUCGUGGUUGUCAGUAUCUGGAGGAAAAUCACUUUAUCCAUCGGGAUAUAGCUGCAAGAAAUUGCCUGCUUACUUUCAAAGGUACAGGAAGAGUGGCUAAGAUUGGAGAUUUUGGAAUGGCUCGUGAUAUAUACAGGGCUAGCUAUUACAGAAAGGGUGGUCGUGCCAUGCUCCCAGUGAAAUGGAUGCCACCAGAGGCCUUCAUGGAAGGAAUAUUUACUUCAAAAACAGAUACCUGGUCCUUUGGAGUGUUACUAUGGGAAAUCUUUUCACUUGGGUAUAUGCCAUAUCCCAGUAAGAGUAACCAAGAGGUGCUGGAGUUUGUCACUAGUGGUGGCCGAAUGGACCCACCCAAAAACUGCCCUGGUCCUGUGUAUCGAAUAAUGACUCAGUGUUGGCAGCAUCAGCCAGAAGACAGACCUAACUUUGCAACAAUAUUGGAACGAAUUGAUUAUUGUACACAGGAUCCUGAUGUAAUAAACACUUCUUUGCCUGUAGAAUACGGGCCUCCAGCAGAAGAAGAAGGAAAUGUUCCUAUGCGGCCAGAUGACCCUGAUGGAUUAGCACCUCUUUUAGUUUCACCAGCACAAGAAGCAGAGAAUGAAGGUGCUUCCACUGACCCCUCCCCACCACCCCAGCGUCCGACCAGCCUCUGCCUUGGUGAACAUCGGAUCAGAUUUGUUCCUAACGAUUCUGCCAUUGUACAUACUGGAGGGCCAUCUGAGGAGGGGUCUCAUGUCAACAAGACAUACUCACAAAUGAACAACUCUUCUGCUUUACAACAAGAUAGGGGCUCCCGGAAAAAACCCACCAACCUCUGGAACCCUACGUAUGGGUCAUGGUUCACAGAAAAGCCUGUCAUGCAAAACAACAAUACUUUGACUGACAACAAACCACCAGAAAGGGAAGAUUCUGGUUUCCAUGCCAGUGGCGGUUCUUCUAUUACCAUCCCAACAUCCAGGCCUCAGGCCUCUGCUCUUGUACUAGAACCUUCUUCCCUCGUUGCCAAUGCAUUGGAUGUGCCUCUAUUCCGGUUGCAGAAUUUUCCUUGUGGGAAUGUGAGUUAUGCAUUCCAACAGCAACAGCAACAGCAGCAGCAGCAGGGAGUGUCUCUGGAAGCUACAUCUGCUUGUGCUUCUUGUAAGGAAGAUUACAACUCACAUGGAUCUAUGCCUCCUUCUGGCAUAAAUCCCCAAGAUGGUCUCAUAUACACCAAGGAGGAGUCCUGA